AUGUCGCAAUCAGAACUCAAAGUCGGUGGUCUUUACGUAAUUCUCCUCGCUAAAGAAGAACCACCUGAACCAAACGACUUCCACUGGGGCCUGUACUUGCGCUCAGACGCGAUGGGAGGGAUGGCAUAUCACAUCAAAGACCGGGGAGACGGCUACCAACCCGAACAUGGCUACACAUCGGGAAUACUCAGCUCUCGUCUCCUCGUCGGCCUUUUUCGUGUAGCCGAUAUCAGCCUCCCUUGGCAUCCGACAGUCGACAGGGUGAUUAGGACAUACGACAGUAGCCUAAACUAUCCUGGUAGGUCGACGAGCUGCAAAUUCUGGGUGUUGAACAUUCUCGCUUUGCUGAUCCAGCCUACCGAUACUGGAUAUCAGAUCGUGAACUGCCAGAAUCUGCCGAUUUUGGAGCAGGAAAUUCGAGACUGGGGAAAUCGAAUGUCACAAGGAAAGAUGUUCCAGCAUGAACCCCGGCCUGUCGACUCUUCGAAAAUUUGCGGUUUGCCAGAAUAUCGACUAUGUGUCUAG